AUGAAAUUUGAAAAGAAACAAAGAUCAACUACUAUAUCUGAAUUUCGUAGACAACAGGAUAAACCAGAAAAGGAUGAUAAUGAUAAAAAUAGUGAUGGUGAUAAAAAAGGAAGAAAAUUAGUUAGAUCACAACCAUUUAAAAUUUCAAGAUCAAAUUCAAUUCAUGUUUAUCAAGAAUAUGGUAAAAAUACAAAGUUAAGAAAUUUAACAGAAUCAAAUUUAAACUCACCAAUGUCAAGUAAAAGUGUUAGAGUUGAUCAAAAUCAAAAUAUCGAAAAAAUUGUCACAGUUUCAAAACCAUUAAUUCCAAAUACAGUCGAUGACGAUAAUGCACAAACACCAAACUCAUCUGUUGAUCAACCUAGAAAUUUAACAAAUCCAACAGUUAUAAUUAGAAAGAAACAUGUAACUGACUCAGAUUAUAAUGUGAAUGAAUCUCCAAUUUUUAAAAGUGCGGCUGAACCUUCUAUCAAAAACGAAUCAUCUUCACCUUCAAUACUAUAUCCAUUAUUAGAUAAUGUACAGAUUGAUGAUAAAUUUGAAUCAGGAGAAUCAUCGAUUGUUUCAAAUGAUAUUUCUUAUACAUCACCAGUACCAAAAUUUACAAUUUCCAAAAAAUUUAUUAUAAAUUCAUUAAUUGCAGUUAUUAUAAUAUUAUUAGCCAUUUGUUCACCAACAAUAAUCAUAUUAUUUCACGGUACAUAUUAUACAGUUAAUAAAUAUUUUGCAAACUCAUCACAUUUAUCACAUUUACAAGAAUUACAAAAUAAAUAUUUACCAGAAAAUGUUCAAUUGCAAAAUGUAGUUACAAAUAAUCUAUUUUAUGGAAUUGCAUAUGGACCUAAGAAUAGUUUAGAACCAAAUUGUGGAUUUAAUAAACGUGAAGCAAUGUUGGAUUUAGCUAAAUUAUCAACAAUAACUAAAAGAUUAAGAAUUUAUGGUAUGCAAUGUAAUCAAGCUGAUAUUAUUCUAGAUUCAAUUCAGUAUAUGAAUUUAGAUAUGAAAUUAUCAUUAGGUGUUUGGAUUGGUUCAGAUGAUAGAUCAAAUAGAAAUCAAAUGGAAUUAAUGAAACGAGUUAUAAAUAAAUAUCCAUCAAGAUUAUUUCAUACAAUUUUCGUUGGGAAUGAAGUUUUAUUUAGAAAUGAUAAAUCAAAACAAGAGUUAAUUUCAUAUAUUCAAGAAGCAAAACAAUUUUUAAGACUGGAAAAUAUUUUUGAUAUUCCAAUUGGAACAGCAGAAAUUGGAAGUUUAAUUGAUGCUGAUUUAUUAAGAAAUUGUGAUUUUGUAGGUGCUAAUAUUCAUCCAUUUUUUGGUGGUGUACCAGUUGAAGAAGCAAGUCAAUGGACUUUACAAUUUUUAAAUCAUCAAAUUCAACCAAGGAAUCAAGGUAUAAAUACUCCGAUCAUUAUAUCUGAAGUUGGAUGGCCAAGUGGUGGUGGAUCAUAUCAAAGAUCAAUUGCAAGUUUUGCAAAUUCAAGAUAUUUUGUAAACAGUUUUUUAUGUACUUUUAGAAAUUUACCAAUCCAAUAUUAUUAUUUCGAAGCAUUUGAUGAACAAUGGAAACAAUUAUAUUGGGAACCAGAAAAAAGAUGGGAAACACAAUGGGGAAUUUUUAAUGAAGAUAGACUGAAUAAAUUUAGUUUACAAAAUAUAGGGUGUAUAUGA